AGGAAGAAGGAUACCAGUACAGAUCGUGGGUAAUUUACAGAGUGCGGUGUGGAGAAGUGUGCACUCAGGAGGACCCACAGGAAGUCCCCUCGAGGCCGCGCGUGGCCUUGAUGAAUUGAACAUUGGGACAGCUCUCAUCACGCACGCACUCAACGCGAACGCGCCCGUUGAUCCAGCACGCGUGCGGCACAUUCGGGACGUGUGGAUCCAGAUCUCACAGUGAUACAGUGACGUCAGCUGUGAUGGCCAAACUCCAGGGCUUUGAGUUCUGGAGUAAGACCCUGAAAGAAGCACGCUUUGUGGUGGCACCCAUGGUGGACCAGAGCGAGCUGGCCUGGCGCCUGCUGAGCCGCCGUCAUGGUGCCCAGCUCUGCUACACCCCCAUGCUGCACGCUCAGGUGUUUGUGCGUGACACCAACUACAGGCGAGAGAAUCUCUACAGUGAGGUUUGCAAGGAGGACAGACCUCUCAUCACUCAGUUUUGUGCCAACGAUCCUGAAGUGUUCAUUGCGGCGGCCCUAAUGGCCCAGGACUAUUGCGACGCCAUCGACCUCAACCUGGGCUGUCCUCAGAUGAUAGCAAAGAGAGGGCACUAUGGAGUCUUCUUGCAAGAUGAAUGGGAGCUGUUGGAGAAAAUGAUCAGGUUAGCCAAUGAAAAGCUCUCGGUGCCCAUCACAUGUAAGAUCCGUGUGUUCAAUGAGCUGGAAAAGACAGUGUCCUACGCCCAGAUGCUGGAGAAAGCUGGAUGUCAGCUGCUCACAGUACAUGGCAGAACCAAAGACCAGAAAGGAGCCAUGACUGGUAUCGCUAGCUGGGAGCACAUCAAGGCAGUGCGGAAGGCAGUUAAUAUUCCAGUGUUUGCUAACGGAAACAUUCAGCACCUGAGUGAUGUGGAGCACUGCAUUCAGGAGACGGGGGUUCAGGGUGUUAUGAGCGCAGAGGGGAACCUCCAUAACCCUGCACUAUUUGAGGGCAGCAGCCCCCCUGUGUGGGAGAUGGCUGAGGAGUAUCUGGAGCUGGUAAAGCAGUAUCCUCCCUGCACUCUGUCCUAUGUACGAGCCCACCUCUUCAAGCUGUGGCACCACACGCUACAGAUACACCAGGACCUGAGGGAGGAGUUGGCCAAGGUGAAGAACCUCGAAAGUUUGGCCGAUGUCAGCAAAAAGCUGAGGCUGCGCUGUCAGGAGGAGAUAGCCAAAGGAAAGGAUGUGGAAGAGAAGGAGGGCAGCCUGCCCUUCCCCCACUGGAUCUGCCAGCCAUACGUUAGACCAGUGCCAAAGGAGCCAGUUGCCAAUGGUAACGGCCAGGGUUCAGAGGUGAAGAGGACCGUAUGUCAGAAAAGGGCGCUGGAGGACUCUGAUGGGUCCGCUGACACACUCUCCAAAAACAAGCAGAAAAAGAGAUCCCGCAACCCCAAAAAGAACUUCAGUCCCGAGCAGAAACCCAAGUACAUCAAAUGUGAACAGUGUGGCAACCCAAAGGGAAAUAAGUGUGUCUUCAACCUGUGUCGAGGCUGCUGUAAGAAAAAGGCCUACAAGGAGGUGGCAGACUGUCCAAGUCAUGGGCUGAGGUUCAAGACCAAGGCAGAGAAACUGAAAGCUGAAGAGAACAACGGGAAGGACGCCUCAGAGACGGAGAGAAGCUGCAGCUCCCCUCAGCCUGUCCCACAGCCAAGUACAGAGCUGCAGGAGCAGUCACAGGCUCAUCUACCGCUAUGAGCAGGACUAAAGCUAUCUCUACAUGCACAGACCGAUUCUGAGGUGUCACAUGUAGAAGUCUUCAGUUCAGAUGUUCAUUAUCUGUGUGAGACUACUUCGAUUUUCUUUGCUGGCGAUGUAAUUGCGGGGCAAAAACUUCAGGAAAGCAUGUUAGUGUGUGCAUGUAGAGGUACAAAACGAUAAGUCUCACAAUUAUUCUCCAGGACUGUCUGUACCGCACUGAUGGUGAAAUAUGGACACUGAUCAGUAGACCAAAACAUAAAGUAAAGGAAUAUUUUUUCAUUGGAUGUGGAUUUCCAGGACAAAUUAUUAGCGUGGUAUUUUUUUGGUAGGUAAGUUGGGAGAGUUCUCUACCAACUGUCAUUUUAUUUUAUUUUUCAAGUUAGAUUUUAUGUGGAUAAUGUUUGGACAUUAUUUUGGCCAAAUCUGUUACUAAGCCACCAAAGAUUCCGUAACUUUCAGACUGAUGGAAUUUGUUGUUGCUUUCAUUUAAGGUUAUGAAUGUGGUUGCAUUCUUCAACUGAUGAGUUAAACUAUUUAUUUGGGGUUUUAGGUUUACCUGUAGUGCUUUGACCAUAUGUGCCUUUUGGAUGAGAAAUACCACUGCCUAUUCAGAUAAGAACUUCAACUUAUGAGAACACCAUCUGGUGCUGUGCAAGAUGAGCUCAGUGACUGCACAGUCCUGGAUCUGCUAUGAACACUGUAAUAUUUUUGGCAAAUGGUUUUCUUUUUAUCUGUACUUUUUUCUUGAUGAAAAGACUGGUGCUGACCUUGAGUUGGUACGGACAAUAUGUACAUAGGAAAAAAAAUAUGUAUAAAAGUGGCAUCAGUCCAAUCGUCUUACUCUCGACAAAGUAUUUCCCCAAUUGUGAAACUCUCCCUUUAACCCAAGACUAUAGCUGAAUUAGUCAGAUAUGUAAGACUCAUUCCCCAAAUCUUCUGUACGAUGUUCUUAAAAACGUGUUGGGGGGGGAAGUGAAUCAUUUUUCAAUGCUUUUAAUUUAACAUCGCCUUCAUAAGGUUUCAAUCUUGCUAGCUAGGCUUCAUAUUUCUGGUGGUACCCGUCUUUUCAUCUAGCUGUCAGCAAGAUCUGUCAGGAGAAAAGUUAUUCCUUAGUUUACAAUGUCAACCUUAAAUCUCACUUUCGAAGAUCCAUCCAACAAAUCAUGAAUCUACUUGAGAGUUGCUGUUGCCUGAUGAAACUUAACUGCAGCAUUUGAGCUGGUUAGCUUUAUAUUAGCCUGGUUUAACUGGACAACACAGACCAGAUUGUAGCUUGAAACAGGAAGAGACUGUAGUUCUUCAACCACAAGUAAACGUAAACCUCUGAAGUUUCUAACGGAAGAUGAUCUUUGAGAAAGUAAAUUGGUAAUAAAAAAAAACAGUUUCACCACGUGAUUUUUAAUAAAUACAGGAUGAAAGGUUAAAGGAAAUGAGGUCUUAAGUAGCAUGGGUCUUGCUGUUGGAGAGUAAAGAGAACCAGGAUCAACAUUGGGUGAUAAAACCUUUAGGUUUAAUGGUUAGAAAUAAUACAGUAAUUUUUUAUUUACAUGCAGUUAGAAUCAAUCCAACACGUUUGCAACAUCACAGGUUGUGUUGAUGAAAUGGUUCUCGGAUCAUCUGACACAGCUUUGGGGGAAUGUCAGACAUAAAAAACUGUUUAAGAAUAUGAAGUUGUUGGUUAGAGCCGAUAUUCGUUUUUCAAAUCAAAUCCACUCUUAACAGUUAAUGAAAUCCUUCCAAGUUUCAAGAAAAUGUGUUCUGUAGUUUUUGCAUAAUCCCGCUGACAGAGACAAACGGCAAUGAAAAUGUAACCGCCUUGGUGCAGGUUAUUGGACAAAUAAAAAAUUGCUCCAGCAACGCACAUCUGUGUCAGCAUGAAAUCCCA